AUGAGACUGUUCUCCGUCGGUGCCGCUGCACUGCUGGCAGCUCAGGCCUUCGGUGCUUCUCUUACGCAUAAGCUCAAUGGCUUCACGAUCACCGAGCAUCCGGAUCCUGAGAAGCGCGAUAUUUUACAGAAAUAUGUUACCUGGGAUGACAAGUCCAUCUUCGUCAACGGCGAGAGGGUCAUGCUCUUUUCUGCGGAAAUUCAUCCGUGGAGACUCCCAGUACCCUCGCUGUGGAAGGACAUCCUGCAAAAAGUCAAAGCCCUCGGCUUCAACUGCGUCUCGAUCUAUGUCGACUGGGCCCUGCUUGAAGCAAAGCCUGGCGAGUACCGAGCUGAAGGCGUCUUUGCCUGGGAACCGUUCUUUGACGUCGCAGCUGAGCUGGGUAUUUACCUGAUUACUCGGCCGGGCCCAUACAUCAAUGCAGAGGCUUCUGGGGGUGGGUUUCCGGGCUGGCUGCAGAGAGUCAACGGAACGCUCCGAUCGGCGGAUAAGGCCUUUCUAGAUGCUACGGAGAACUAUGUGUCUCACAUCGGCGCGCUUAUUGCCAAGUACCAGAUCACCAAUGGUGGACCGGUGAUCCUUUACCAGCCUGAAAACGAGUAUAGCGGUGCCUGCUGUGGGUCGGAAUUUCCUGACCCUGAGUACUUCCAGUAUGUCAUCGACCAGGCUCGCAGGGCGGGGAUCGUAGUGCCGACGAUUAGCAACGACGCUUACCCGGGUGGUCAUAAUGCUCCGGGAACUGGAAAGGGGGAGGCCGAUAUUUACGGGCAUGAUAACUAUCCAAUCGGGUUUGACUGCACGAACCCUGAUAUAUGGCCCGAGGGCAAUCUGCCAACCGACUACCGCGACUUGCAUCUUGAGAUGAGCCCGUCAACGCCAUACUCGCUUGUCGAGUACCAAGCAGGUGCAUUCGACCCAUGGGGUGGCCCUGGAUUCGAGAAAUGCGCUGCCCUCGUAGACCACGAGUUUGAAAGAGUGUUCUAUAAGAAUACGUUUAGCUUUGGAGUCGGCAUUCUUUCACUGUAUAUGACUUUUGGCGGAACGAACUGGGGAAACCUAGGCCAUCCAGGGGGAUACUCCUCUUAUGACUACGGUUCACCCAUCACCGAAACACGAGAAAUCAACCGAGAAAAGUACAGCGAGCUGAAACUGCUUGGAAAUUUUAUCAAAUCGUCCCCGUCAUACCUCCUAGCCACUCCAGGAAACUUGACCAACGCAACAUACACCAACACAGCGAGUCUAACCGUGACACCAUUAAUUGGACACGACACGGGUUCGUUCUUCGUGCUUCGUCACAGCGAUUACAGUAGCCAGGAGUCUACUUCCUAUAAGCUCCGACUCCCAACUAGUGCCGGGCAUGUCACCAUUCCUCAACUCGGGGGGUCGUUGGUACUUAACGGCCGUGACUCGAAAGUUCACGUCACUGACUAUGACGUUGCUGGAACAAAUAUCCUCUACUCAACUGCUGAAGUUUUCACGUGGAAGGAGUUCCACGACGGCAAGGUCCUUGUAUUGUACGGUGGCCCUGGCGAGCAUCAUGAAUUGGCUGUCUCGGUCAACGCAACCGUGAAAUCUCUUGAGGGACCCAAGUCAGGAAUUUCUUCUAAACGAAUUCGCAACGCCGUGGUGGUUUCUUGGGACGUCGAGCCUGACAGGCGUAUCAUUCAGAUCGACGACCUGAAAAUAAUCCUUCUUGAUCGGAACUCUGCGUACAAUUACUGGGUGCCGCAGAUUGGUACCGAGACCAGUAUUCCCUAUGGUACGGAGAAGGCAGUUGCUGCGUCCAUCAUCGUCAAAGCUGGAUACCUCAUUCGCAAUGCUUUUGUUAAGGACCACGGCCUGCACCUCAUUGCCGACUUCAAUGCCACCACAGCAAUCGAAGUAAUCGGUGCACCGCAAACAGCAAAGGCCCUCUUCAUCAACGGCAAGGAAGCGCAGCAUACCGUCGACAAGAACGGUAUCUGGAAGACAGAAAUCCAAUACUCAGCCCCGGAGAUAACCAUCCCCAGUCUCGAGAACUUGGACUGGCAGUACCUCGACACACUCCCAGAAGUCGAAGCGGACUACGACGACUCCGCCUGGCCAGACGCAGAUCUGCCCACCAAAAAUUCACUCUACCCUCUCAAGACCCCGACGUCCCUCUACGCAAGCGACUACGGCUUUCACGCCGGAUACCUUCUUUUCCGCGGUCACUUCACCGCAAAUGGCAAGGAGAGCAACUUCUCCAUCCAAACUCAGGGCGGACAGGCAUUCGGCUCCUCCGUCUGGCUCAGCGGGACAUACCUAGGUUCCUGGACGGGCGAUAACGACUACCAAGACCACAAUGCAACAUACACCCUUCCCUCUUCCUUGACUCCAGGAAAGGAAUACGUCUUCACAGUCGUCGUCGACAACAUGGGCCUAAACGAGAACUGGAUCGUCGGCGAGGACGAGAUGAAGAAGCCCCGCGGAAUCCUCAACUACAAACUCUCAGGCCACAACGCCAGCGCCAUCACCUGGAAAUUAACCGGGAAUCUCGGAGGCGAGGACUACGCCGAUAAAUCGCGCGGCCCGUUAAACGAGGGCGGGCUCUACGCUGAGCGUCGCGGAUACCACCAGCCCUACCCGCCUUCCGACACCCAGAAAUGGAAAUCGGCAUCCCCGCUUGAUGGAUUGAAAGACGCAGGAAUCGGAUUCUACACCGCUUCAUUUGAUCUUGAUAUCCCGCGCGGCUGGGACGUGCCGAUUUUCUUUAACUUUGCGAACAGCACGACCCCGGCGCCCGCUUAUAGAGUGCAGCUGUAUGUGAACGGGUGGCAGUAUGGCAAGUAUGUGAAUAAUAUUGGCCCGCAGACCAAGUUUCCUGUCCCAGAAGGAAUUUUGAAUUACCAGGGAACGAACUGGGUCGCGGUGACGCUGUGGGCGCAGGAGAGCGAGGGUGCCAGGCCGGAUAGUUUCGAGUUGAGUCAUGGACGGCCGGUGAGGACGACGUUGGAUGUUGAGUUGGUGGAACUGGAGCGAUAUCGUCCAAGGAAGGGGGUUUAUUAA